AUGCAGAUUCUCCUUUUUGGUGCCCUCCUGGCCCUCGCCGGGAUAGCCCAGGCCGCCACUACCACGCUGACAACAACGACCAAGUCCACAGCUCAGACAGCUAUUGCUGCCUCGGCAGGGGCUGUGUGCACCGGAACAUUUAGUGCAAUCUCAGCUGCCGAUUUUGUGUCUAAUCUGCAUCCCGGUUGGAAUCUGGGAAACACCCUUGAUGCUGUACCCGAUGAGGGAUCUUGGAAUAAUGUACCAGUUGUGGCGUCGACAUUUGAUACUGUGAAGAAUUCCGGAUUUAAGAGUGUCCGACUCCCAGUUACCUGGGCCUACCAUUUCACCGGAAGCUCACCGGAUUGGACUGUUGACCCAGCGUGGUUGCAGCGAGUCUCCGAUGUGGUUGAUAUGAUUGUGGCCCGUGGACUCUACGCCAUUGUCGAUGUGCAUCAUGAUUCAUGGGUUUGGGCUGAUGUUACCCAGUCCGGAGCCAAUCUUACCAUGAUUGAAGAGAAAUUCUACCAUCUCUGGUAUCAAAUUGGAACCAAGUUGGCCUGCAAAUCGAAUCUUGUUGCCUUUGAGCCUAUCAAUGAGCCUCCGUGCAAUACUGCGGCCGACGGUACCGAGCUCAACAAACUGAACAAGAUCUUCCUCCAGGCUAUCAACGAUGCUGGUGGGUUCAACUCGCAGAGAGUUGUUACUCUAGUCGGAGGUGCUCAGGAUAGCGUCAAGACUGCAGACUGGUUUGUUGCACCUUCUGGAUUUUCAAAUCCGUAUGCUAUUCAAUUCCACUACUACAGUCCCUACGACUUUAUUUUCAGCGCAUGGGGAAAGACCAUUUGGGGCUCUGACAGUGACAAGACUGCUGUACAAUCCGACUUCCAGCUGCUGCGCAACGCUUUCCCCGAUGUGCCUCUCCUUUUGGGUGAAUACGAUGCUUCACCCACCAACACCGAGCCCGCUGCUCGAUGGAAGUACGUUGACUUCUUGAUCAAGACUGCAGCCAGUCUCGACAUCUCCUGCGUGCUGUGGGAUAACGGAUUGGACCACCUGGAUCGAACCACUGGAGUCUGGCGUGACUCUAACUCACUCUCGAUCAUAACAAAAUCCACCGAGUCUACUGCAAAUAGUUUGCCAGAUAGUACUAAGGACGCCUCUGCAACCACCCAGUCAUCGUCGGCUUAUAUUUUCCAUCGGUAUGGAACAGAUGUGACAGCACAGACUCUUCCAUUUAUCUUCAACGGUAACACGCUCUCGUCAAUCAGUGACUCUACUGGCUCGAAAUUGUCGUCGGGAACAGACUAUUCUGUCUCGGGUGCGAACAUAAUCUUCACAGCUUCGUACUUGUCCAAGCAUCUUUCGUCCACGACAGCACCGGGUGUCAUUGCCACUCUAACCCUGAAAUUCUCGGGGGGCGACUCGUCCCCCACUGUCCAAAUCGUUCAAUGGAAGGCUCCAACUCUGUCAUCCACUUCGGCAGUGGCCUCGUCAGUCUCUGGCUCUGACCUAUCAAUUCCAAUCACCUGGGGUGGACUACCAACUAUCGCCGCAGUAAAGGCUUUGACCAAGAGUGGAACAUACCUGGUCGAUGACUGGACGGUAUCACUGGGUCCUAUCCAGCAAGCAAGAGCUACCUACAGCAACCAGUAUAACUGGGAUGACUCCCAUGUAAUCCUCACUUCAUCUGCUAUUAGCUCUGUCAUCUCUGCUGGCCAAUCGACCGUGUUCACCUUCGAGUUUUUCCCGCGGGAUAAUGGUGUUGUGAAUGCUGUCAACUUUACUUUGACCGUUUGA